GUUAUGAUUUAGUCAUUAUUAAUUAAAUGACUGACAUCUUAAAAAAUCCUAAGGUGAGACAAUUAAUAUACGAUUUGGUAGGAGGAUGUAAGAAUUAAACUGCAACAAUAUUAGAAAUGACAAUUGUGUAAAUCUAUACAGCAGAUGAAGGAAAACAUAAAUUCCAUAGAUGUAAUAUAGCAGGAAUAUUAUGUUUUCUAAUAGAUAGAAGAGAAGGAAAAGUAAGAAAUAAUUAAUAUAAUAGUGCUUCUAUUUGAGAGUUUAUGAUCCUUUAAACCUUUAAGUUCUAUUUUCAAUGGAACUUUGUUAUGGAAUCAAAGAUUUUUGGUAACCUAUUCAUGGAAUUUCAAAUUUCUAGAGUAUUCCAAUUUAGAAAUAGAAGAAAUAAAUGCUCAAAUUAAAAAAUAUGAGAAGGAGAAAAAGAAACUUGAAAAAUUAGAGAAAGAGAAGGGGACAGUUUAAAGUGCAUUUAAAGAUUUUUUUGGAUUGAAUAAGCAAGCUGAGAAAGUAAUAAGAUGCUAAAUUGAUUUAAGUUGUAAAAAAUGAAUGUAAAGUUGAAAUUAAAGAAAUAGAUAAAAAAUAAUAAGAUUAAUUAUCAAAUAAUUUAGCUUAGAUGAAGACUUAAAGAAGAGAACAAUUUACUAAAAAUAGAAAAGAUAGUAGUGAUAGUCAUAGUUCUGGUUGGUC